UAGCACUGAGGCAACAUAAGCCAACGCAUUCCUGGUCUUCACCGAGGCGGCCGCUGGUGGAGCAGUGCUAUUUCACGUUUCCUUCAAAACCCUCAAGGCUGAGACUCGCCGACUGGAGGUUGUCAACCGGCCACCUACCUGCGCCUAAGAUUCUCUCCUUACCGGUACAGCACUACAGGUUGUAGGUUCUCCGGUUCAUAGAUAAACUACAGCAUACCGUGACGUGAACGAAGAAGCGCAACUCUGCCGGUCCUCUGGUUAACAAGUAACAACACCGCGCUAUGCCGAGCCGUCGGGCGCCCGAGGAUGAUUCUGGAGAGACGACUGCAGUGCGUCACCCGCUGUAUGUAGACGACGGUUACAACAUGAAGGAGAACCCCGAAGAGCCAACGGAGCCCGCCGAAGUGAGACGACCCUUUCUGCACCGCCUCGCGAUCCCCAUCGGUUUCCUCGUAGGCGCCGGCAUCACUGCUGGCAGCACCUACGCCUUGGUCGCGCGGGUCCAGCACCAGAUCGAAAACGCGAGCGUCGACAACGACCCGGCCAAGUGGGCCUCGGCCGCUCGCAAGCAGGCAUACGAUGCGUGCUACUACGGCUGCAUCGACUGCAACGACCCAAGCUAUGCGUACAACGCCUGCCAGAUGACGGCGAGGGCCGAGGUCCAAGGCGUACUCUGCGACGGCACCAAGAUGUGGAAUUGGGCAGCGAAGGACCGGUAUCCUGAGCAAUGUCUGGCAGCGGUAGGCCGGAUCCUGAUGGGCGAGCAGCUCGAGCGGGUGAAGCAGUCAUACCGCAACCAACUCGGCAUCAUUGCGCUGACCGUGCUCGCCGGCAUCGUGGGCGGGGUGCUGACCUACAUCCUCUGGCGGCGCGUGACCAUGAGCAAAGUACAGCGCGAGGCCGCGAGGGCACGAAACCGGAACCGCCCAUUCUCCGUCCUACACCCUGGCACUUGGGGACCGCAACUUCGACGCGGCGGCGGAUCCGGAGCCAGGAACCGCACUGUCCGCCUUAACUUGAAAUCGCUCCUCACAACCGUAGCAGCUGUGUUCGGCGCGGCCAAGCCCGCGAAAGGCUACGCCUGCACCGGCCGAGCACCGGCCUGGAACCAGUACUUCGUCUCGGCCAACAGCAGCGCGCCAACCAUCUCGGGCGUGGUGCACGGCUGGUUCAGCAACUGCAUCUCCAACCGGGUCUGCUCCCAGGUUUGCUCGCCAAGGUGCAACACGAACUCCAACGGCAUCACGCACUGCUCACAGCACUGCCACACCUCCUGCCACACCGAGACAUACACCGACAGGCAACCGAAGGAUUACGUCGACAAGGUGGCACCAAGGGUCAGGGACUGCGGGUUCUCCCUGGUAGAUGCGCUGCCGACCGGGGUGACGGCCGCUGAAAGAGUUGGAAACCCGGCGCUGGAAAGGGAUUUGUGGGUGAAGAUUAGCGUGAGCGGGUUCAAUGUUACCAGGAGCGAUGCGACGGAUGACCGGGUGUGGUGUUUGUAUCGAAUAGGAGGGUGACGUUAGCUUUCUUUCCAGAGUUGUCGAAUGCGUUCACGGUUCGAACAUGAAGCUGUGGAACUUGAGAAGUGAAGGGAUGAUCAAGGAAGAAAAAGUUAAGUCCCCUCGACCGGAAUCGAGCCGGUGACCUUUCGGUAUCAAUAAAUUCCUUUACAGCCGAACGUGAUAGCCAACUACACCACAAGGGGAUCCAAUUAUUUGUGACGGCGGCAUCGGAAUUUUGGUUUGUGUAAGCUUGACGGGAAGGUUGUGAGUCUGGAGUGGAGAUGGUGCGGGGACGCGAUAUGGAAAGCUGAAGCUGCCCCUCUCCGAAAUCUGCUCUGGCGCGCUAGACCAGAUGGGGAAGGCAUCAAUGCGGGAUCAACUGCCGGAAUCUCGAACUUGGCAGCUGGCCGACGGCCGGUCAAAGUGUGACUGUCUUCCCAAAUCAAUGCAUCCGCUGCAGCGAGGUCGAAUGCAAAAGUGCCUGGCAUUAUUAUC